GGGGAAAAAAAAAGACAGGCCUUCCUUGAGCCGGAAGAGGAAAUGGUGCUCCAGCGUUCAUGGCCGCGCUCCUAGCAACGUAGGGACCGGUGCAGCGAAAGAGGUGGUCGCGGAGGGGCUUGGAGUUGCUCUCUGGUUCCGCGGGAUGGCGGAGAAGUUCGACUCCCUGGAGGAGCACCUGGAAAAGUUCGUAGAAAACAUCCGGCAGCUGGGCAUCAUUGUCAGCGACUUCCAGCCUAGCAGCCAAGCGGGACUUAGCCAGAAACUGAAUUUUAUGGUUACAGGCUUGCAAGAUAUUGACAAGUGCCGACAACAGCUUCAUGAUAUCAGUGUGCCUUUGGAAGUCUUUGAAUACAUAGAUCAAGGCCGUAAUCCCCAACUAUAUACUAAAGAAUGUUUGGAAAGAGCUCUAGCUAAAAAUGAACAAGUGAAAGGUAAAAUUGAUACCAUGAAGAAAUUCAAAAGUCUGUUGAUUCAGGAACUGACUAAAGUGUUCCCAGAGGACAUGGCUAAGUACAAAGCUAUUAGGAGUGAAGAUCCUUCUCCAUAAUUAUAUUUUCUGUUGUCCUGCGUUCCCUUCCAUACUCUGGUGAUAUGUUUGUAUGAUGAUAAUUGACAGCUUGAAGAAUGAAGAUGUGUUCACCUGAAAUACUGAUUAAAUAUUGUAUCUCUUGGCCUAGUUGGAAGGUGAUUCUUUUGUGCUACAUCUGCAGUCAUUAAGAUUUUUAAGAAGUUCAGAAAGAAUCCAGAGAUUCAAAAUAUUUUCUCUGUAAUGUGACAUGAAGCCUGUCUGUGAUCUAAAAGCUAUCUCCUCUGCAUCUUGUAAAUACUACACAAAGUAAGGUGGGAUCAGGACUGUGGUUGUGAAUUGCAGCUUACACAAAAUGGGGUAGUAAUAUAAAUGUGUCAUUAUUUCCUAUGAAUUCUAAAUUAUUCUUUUGAAUAAUUAGUUUCUAGCGUGACCUCUUUUUCCUGUUUUGAUCUGUAUAAGAGCAAUACUUGUUCAUUUUGUGAUGUCAUAAAAAUAAAAUAGGAAUGUUUCUAAUAUUAUACAUGGGGAUACUGUCAAAACAACUUCUAACAUCUUCAGUUUUUCAUGGUUAGUGAAAAAAUGAACUUCUAAAUAUAUUAUAACCUUAAUAUGUUAACUUGUUUUUCAUCUUUUAUAUGGUCUUGUUUUUUGUUUAUAUCUUUUCUGACAGUCUGACAAUCAUAAGAAUUGAUUACAUAAGUUGUAAACAAAGGAUUUACAUCUUGUACAUUAUAAACAUAUAGUAACUAUAAGCUUAUUCAUACAGGCAUGUUCAUCAUUUAUGGCAGUUCUGAUUUGCAUGGAAAUGAGUUAUGAAUAAACAGUAGAGAGAACUUGCA